UAUUUUUAAUUUUUAAUUUUCUUUCUUCUAUAAAAGCAGGCGGCGAGCGCCGGGGAUUUCAGGAAUCUCUUUAGGCUGUCUUCCUUGCUCUGCCCUUCGCGCUUCUCCUACUCUGUUAGAAAUUUCCGAGAAUGGGCAGCACUGGGAAUGAAGGAACCAAUUAUGGAGCAUACACUUAUGAAAAUUUGGAGAGGGAGCCAUACUGGCCUUCAGAGAAGCUCCGCAUUUCCAUCACUGGUGCUGGUGGCUUCAUUGCCUCCCACAUUGCGAGGCGUUUGAAAAGUGAGGGCCACUAUAUCAUUGCCUCUGACUGGAAGAAGAAUGAACAUAUGAGUGAGGAUAUGUUCUGCCAUGAGUUCCACCUUGUUGACCUCAGGGUCAUGGACAAUUGCCUGAAGGUCACAUGCGGUGUGGACCAUGUGUUCAAUCUUGCAGCUGAUAUGGGAGGGAUGGGAUUUAUCCAGUCCAAUCAUUCUGUAAUUAUGUACAAUAACACGAUGAUCAGUUUUAACAUGCUUGAAGCUGCAAGGAUUAAUGGCGUCAAAAGGUUCUUUUAUGCCUCCAGUGCUUGCAUCUACCCAGAAUUUAAGCAGUUGGAGACGAAUGUUAGUUUGAAGGAGUCUGAUGCUUGGCCUGCAGAGCCUCAAGAUGCUUAUGGAUUGGAGAAGCUUGCAACAGAGGAGUUGUGCAAGCACUACACCAAGGACUUUGGUAUAGAGUGUCGCGUUGGGCGGUUUCACAAUAUAUAUGGUCCAUUUGGAACAUGGAAAGGUGGAAGGGAGAAAGCCCCUGCUGCUUUCUGUAGAAAGGCAAUUACAUCAACAGAUAAGUUUGAGAUGUGGGGUGAUGGAAAGCAAACACGAUCAUUCACUUUUAUCGAUGAAUGCGUGGAAGGUGUAUUGAGAUUGACAAAGUCAGACUUCAGAGAGCCAGUGAAUAUUGGAAGUGAUGAAAUGGUGAGUAUGAAUGAGAUGGCUGAAAUUGUACUUAGCUUUGGGAACAAGAAGCUUCCCAUCCAUCAUAUUCCUGGUCCAGAGGGUGUCCGUGGCCGAAACUCUGACAACACACUGAUUAAGGAGAAAUUGGGCUGGGCCCCUACUAUGAAAUUGAAGGACGGGCUGAGGGUCACAUACUUCUGGAUCAAGGAGCAAAUUGAAAAAGAGAAAACAAAGGGUGUUGACUUGUCUGUGUAUGGGACUUCAAAAGUGGUUGGAACUCAGGCGCCUGUCCAGUUGGGUUCGCUUCGUGCAGCAGAUGGAAAAGAAUGAAGUUGAUAAGCUUGCGUUUACUAUUUGCCUCGAGAGAGAACGUUACAGCUAUCUAGUUUGGAAGUAGGGGAAUUUCUGGAAUUUACUCUGCUCUCUGUUAUUGUUUCAGAGUUUAUUUAGGGGUUAAGUUUGUUCUCAUCGUAUUAGAAGUCUUUUCAGGCUAUGCCUACAUGUUUUUUAAGAUGUUACACUAUAGAAAUGGUAUGGGCGCUUGCCUGCAUGCUUUUUUCUAUGUAUGAGAUACAAAUAAUAAAUUAGUGGGAUAUGUUCUCUUUAUUGUUUAA